AUGGCUUCACGACGACCGUUUGAUGAUGAGAUGGAUUUGAGUGAUGAAGAAGAGGACUACGAUUAUAAUAACAACCAUAUGGAUCAAGGUGGAAUUACGUUGGCAGAUUUAGAAGAUGACGACGACGAUGAAGAAGAACAAGAUGCGUUUCCGAUGAUUCGAGAUCCAAUACCACUGUUUUUAAAUCAAUUUGUUCCUAAUACGUAUUUGAACAAUAAUAACAUUGCAAUGAGUGAUGAUCAUGCUUCACGUUCAAAGAAUAAUAAUUUUAAUUAUUUCUUGUAUCGAUGCGGAAGUAUUGAUUUAUUUCAAAAGAAAACUGCUCAGCUAGGAUUUCCUUUGAGAAUUAUUCUAUCCUCCAUUGAUCAGAAAAAUUCAGCAACAUACCAAACGAUUAUUAACAACAACAAUCCAUUUACCAACAAAACAUUGGAUACUACCAUGAUCACCAAUGACUUGGAUUCUCCAAUGACUCCAAACACGGCCAAUCUUAGAAAAAGUUUUGAACAAUUACCCUCGGUGUUACUUGAAACAUACAUGCUUCAUUUGAUGCCUAACGGAGUGCAAGAUUUGGAUUACGAUAAUAUGAUAAAAGGGGCAUUAUUGGGAAUUGCUGAAAAGCUCGAUGAACGCGAGAGACGAUUUUCAAAUCUUCUCAUUCCGAUUGUACAUUAUUUUUCGGUUGAAGGCGCAGGACCUGUUUACUUUGGAUGGCAACAAUCGACAUCACACGAAUAUGAGCAUUGCGCAAAGAACACACCAAAUUCUCAACAACAACAACACGAUCCUAGUUUUACAGAAGCACCAACUUUUAAUUUUACUCCAAACAUAUCAACAUUGACAGUUGCGAAUGUGACAGAACAAAAAGAGCCCACGUUAGAAAAUAUUCCCUCGGUUCUUCGCAUCGAAAAGCCAACCAACACAAGGCCAAUCGAAUACUACUUUAAUAAGCGCAUUUGCAUUCAAUUACACCCUUAUUUAUGCUUACAAAUCAUACCCUCUGAGCUCCGAAGAAAAUCAAAUUAUAACAUCAGUCAGAGCAAAUCAAGCAAGUAUGAAGGUUAUUACUUUUAUUGUGAAUAUACAGUGUUGGAUUCUGGUUAUUCGAAUAUGUAUGGAAGUGAUGGAGUGUGCGAGAUUGGUUGUGGAAUGGCUCCAUUCGAAUACAGUGAAGGUAUGGUUGGAUGGUAUCGAAAGAGUGUCGGUUAUCAUUGUGAUUGUGGUCGAGUAUAUGAUAACAUGCCCGAGAAUACAGAUAAUAAUUUUGCAGGCAAAGGAAAUGUUGGAGACACACUUGGCGUUGCAUGGUCCCUUAAAACUGGUGAAAUUACAUUUGUAAAGAAUGGAGUUGUUGUCGAAACACGAAAACGUCAACAAGUAUGGAAGAAAGAUUUUUGGGAGGAUGAUUUUAGACGAUUUUGUCCGACUAUUUCCUUUGAUUACAACAAGAGAAAACUCUAUGUGAACGUUGGUUUGAACCGUGCGCUCUAUCCAUUCAAAUAUUAUCUAUUUAAUACGUAUGAAGAGCAAGAAAUUAUGUUUUCCUAUUUGGAUGUUGAAAGUGAUUCUGCUGAAGGACAAUAUUUUGUUGAUAUUUCAUUCAAGACCUUUUGCUGA